AUGAUGUCCUCCUCCGGCGCCGGCAGGUACAUGGCCUUUCCGCCUUCGCCAUCUGCCCCUCCCUCGCCGCACCUCUCCGCUCUUCGCUCAUCCGCCCUCGCUGAGCAGGACAAAUAUCUAUCUGAGUUAUUGGGAGAACGUAACAAGCUUAGUCCUUUCAUGGCUGUGCUUCCCCAAUGCUUUCGAUUGUUAAACCAAGAAAUUUUGCGUGUAACAUCGCUGAUGGGGAAUGCAUCAGUUUUAGGUCAAAGUGGUGGGCUUGAACAAGCUAGCCCCCUGGCUACUGGAGGAAUGUUUUCAAAUGGAGGUGCCGAUAUGAACGGAUGGGCAUCACGAUUUCAAUCAGAAAGACCCAGCUUGUUACAGUCCUCACCAACAACAAACUGGCUGAGUCCACAAGGUAGCUCAUCUGGUCUUAUUGUUAAAAAGACAGUCAGAGUAGAUAUACCUGUGGACACAUACCCUAAUUAUAACUUUGUUGGUCGCCUCUUAGGCCCUAGAGGAAACUCUCUAAAGCGUGUAGAAGCAAGCACUGACUGUCGUGUCUUGAUCAGGGGCCGAGGUAGCAUUAAGGAUCCAACUAGGGAGGAAAUGAUGAGAGGAAAACCUGGAUAUGAACAUCUGAACGAACCUCUCCACAUCCUAGUUGAGGCUGAAUUACCUGUUGAAAUAGUUGAUGCACGCUUGAUGCAGGCACGUGACAUACUUGAAGAUUUGCUCAAACCGGUGGAUGAAUCUCAGGAUUUCUACAAGAAGCAGCAACUUCGAGAACUAGCUAUGCUGAACGGCACUCUUCGUGAGGAGGGUUCUCCCAUGUCUGGUUCUGUUUCACCAUUCCAAAACAGCCUUGGUAUGAAGAGGGCCAAGACCAGGGGGUAA